AUGGAAGAGAUGCUGUCUUCCACUUUGGCCUUCCUUAGAAUUCUCCUCCUUUUACGCUUCCGCUUUCACUUUUUCUUUAGUUCCACUUUCUUCCAUAUUCCAAUUAUUAAAGUAAAACAGGACCCAUCCCUGCCGCAGCAUGUUGGUGGCACUCACACCUCAGAAUCGAACCUCAGAAUAAGCCGGAAAACUUAGCCUUAAAUAAUCUUAUCUUCUAUCUAGCAUUGUAUACUAGUUGAAUCUGGUCGUUUUAUCAAAUAAUAAACGAUUAAAAAACUAAACAAAAUUUUUCUAAAAAUUUUCUUUCCCUCGGAUACUUGUUUUUACUUCAUUUUCUUAAUAAAACUCUUCAUCAAAUUCUUCAUCAAAUUCUUUUUCAGUCAUUUUUUCAUCCCUGAUUUCCUCAUCUUGUUGAAUAAACUCACUCAAAUCUUCAUUGCAUUCCAAAUUUAUAUCAUCGCAACCCAAAUCUAAAAUUUUACUAAAAUCUUCAUUCAUCUCCCCUUUCUUCUCUUUUUCCUCCUUCUUUGAAUUGACCGAAUCUUGUGAUUGUUGGAAAGAAAAAUCCUCGUUUUCCUUCUGCUUUUUCCAACUUUCUGGUGUCUCAACUUCUCCCCCUUCAACUUUUGCCAAAUUUUCUGUUUGUAAAUUCUCUUGA